AUGGAUGUUGAAGACCUUUUUCCAGAAAACCCUCUCGAACCUACAGUGGCGUACAUCGGCAUCAGUCAAACUCCCUUUACAGUCCCUUGGGCGAAAGGUAGAGUUCAAUUGUGCACAGGAUUCAACUCCCGGCGUACACAAAGUGACGAUCUCUUCAUCAAUCGCGCAGCGUUUCAAGAUAUAGCGGCUAUACCGUUUCAAUAUCGAGAAUGCCAGAUAACUUCGAUCAGGGACGAGUCGGGCUCGAGUAUUGCGAGCUCAUACGAGAACAACAAUUUUGCGAUUAGCGCCUCCGUUGGUGGCAGUUUUCUGGGUGCCUCCGGUAGGGGAACAUACGAAAAGAACACACGCGAUAACAGAAACCAAUCAAAUAUCACCGUUCGAGCUGACCAUGUAUGCGGCCAAAUCGAAGUUAGUCGGAUCCCUCAGCUAGCCAAGGACGCCGUCACGCUAUUGAACACUUCAGCUGAUCCCAUCAACGAAUUUCGCCAGAAGUACGGCGAUUUCUACGUGGCUGGCUGUCGGGUUGGCGCUGUGAAUAACACCACCAUCUCAGGAGAACUUACCAAUAAGAGCUCUUUUGAGGAAAUGCAUGCCGAACUAAAAGUCAAAGUGGUCUUAGCCACCUUUGAGAAGUCUAUCCACGAAGUUUCCAAGUCCGCCAGCAAUAUAGGCGGGCUGAACGUGGUCGCAUUCGACUCGCUUACAGACUUCUACUCAAACUUCACGGCUCUCACGUACGAGGACAGCCUCAAAGCCGAUGGCGUUGCAGUAGCCAAUAAAGAAAAAGCAAUGACCAUCGCAAACAGGGCUGCUGAUGUCUUACUAAGAGAGUUCUCUAUCGGACGGGAACAAAAUACGUACAUCCAUCAGGGUGUUGUGGAUCGAUUGUGCGAUAGGGGUUUGGUCACGGAACUGCAGCUGGCUCCAUUUGCCACAUUACGAGAAUAUCAAUCUAUUCUUUGGCGCCGAUACAGCUGGGAACGAUUUAAACAGCUAGAAUAA